UCAGAGGAACCAUCUCCCCGAAUCUCCUCAAAAACCUCUGCCUUCCAUUGCCAAAGCCUCACGAAUGGACGCCAGCAGCGGGAGCAUGCACGUUCUGAUGCUGCCAUGGCUGGCCUUCGGCCACAUCAUCCCCUUCACCGAGCUCGCCAAGCGCAUCGCUCGUCAGGGCCACCGCGUCACUCUGCUCUCGACGCCAAGAAACACCCGGCGGCUCAUCCGCAUCCCUCCGGACCUGGCCGACCUUGUCCGUGUCGUGGACAUAAAGCUGCCGCGCGUGGAGCGCCUGCCGGAGGACGCCGAGGCGAGCAUCGACCUCCCGUCCGACGACCUCCGCCCGUACCUCCGCCGGGCCUACGACGCCGCCUUCGCCGAGAAGCUUUCGGACAUCCUGCAGGACGCGGAACAGGGGAGGCCGGACUGGGUCCUCAUCGACUACGCCGCGUACUGGGCGCCCGCGGCCGCGGCGACGCACGGCGUGCCGUGCGCGUGCCUGAGCCUGUUCGGCGCCGCGGCGCUCAGCGUCUUCGGCCGGCCGGACGCGCUCUUGGGCCGCGGCAAGUACGUCAGGACGAAGCCAGAGGACCUCACGGAGGUCCCCGACUACGUGCCGUUCCCCACCGCCGUCGCGUUCCGCGGCUUCGAGGCGCGCGCGUUUUUCAAUCCGGCCUUUGUCGUGGACGGCUCCGGCGUGUCGGAAGCCUACCGGUUCGGCAAGUGCAUCGAAGGGAGCCAGCUCGUGGGCAUCAGGAGCAGCGCCGAGUUCGAGCCCGAGUGGCUGCAGGUGCUCGGCGAGCUCUACCGGAAGCCGGUGAUCCCGGUCGGGCUGUUCCCUCCGCCACCCGCACAAGACAUCGGCGGCCACGAGGCAACGCUGCAAUGGCUGGACAGGCAGGCGCCGGGAUCCGUCGUGUACGCGGCCUUCGGCAGCGAGGCCAAGCUGACAGGCUCACAGCUGCAGACAAUAGCGCUCGGCCUCGAGGCUUCCGGCUUGCCGUUCCUCUGGGCAUUCAGGCCGCCGGUCGAUGCCGACGAAGGCGAAAGCGGUUUGCCGGAGGGCUUCGAGGAGCAUGUCAACGGCCGAGGGCUCGUCUGCCGCGGCUGGGUGCCUCAGGCCAAGUUCUUGGCCCAUGGAUCGAUCGGGGCGUUCUUGACCCACGCCGGCUGGAACUCCAUCAUCGAAGGCCUCGCCCGCGGCGUCAAGCUGGUGCUCCUACCGCUGAUGUUCGAUCAGGGCCUCAACGCGAGGCUUCUGGUGGAGAAGAAGGUAUGCGUCGAGGUGGCGCGAGACGAGGGGGACGGCUCUUUCGCGCCCAAAGACAUUGCCGGUGCCUUGAGGAGGGUCAUGGUGGAGGACGAAGGCGAGGUGUUUGGGGAUAAGGUUAAAGAGCUCGCCAAGGUGUUUGGAAAUGAUGAAGUGAAUGAUCGGUGCGUGCGAGAUUUCCUUAGGUCCCUGUCGGAAUACAGCCGACAGCAACAAGGGUAGUACUGCAUUGGAACGGAAAUGGUUAAAAUUUAAAUUAUGAAAUUUAGUCGUGGAUAUUCGAACAUGCUAUUCACAUGAUGGGUAGAACUCCUGCA